AUGGACAGCUCCGGCAGCCAGUUCCCGCUCGCCCGGGCUGAACUCAUCGCGCUCUUCAUCGAGUCCGUCGUCUUUGGUGUCUUCACCAUCCUCUGCGCGCUCUCCGUAUGGAUCCUCUUCUCCCGGGAGCGCAGGCAGGCGCGCACGCGUCUCAAUAGGAUCCUCAUCCUCACCUCCAUCCUCAUGUGGCUGCUUUCCGCCGUGCACCUCUGCCUCGACAUCCAGCGCGUGACCGUCGCGUUCAUCAUCGAGAACACCAGUCCCGACGGCCCCCUCAACUUCUUUCUCCGCAUAUCCAACCCUACCUUCCUCGCGAAGAUGGCGGUCUACAUCGCCAACACCCUCGUCGGCGACGCGUUCAUGGUCUUCCGCCUGUACGUUAUCUGGGCCCGCGACGUGCGCGUCGUCCUCUUGCCUGGCGCGCUCAUCCUCACCACCGCCGUGGCCGGCUUCGGCGCCGUCUACAAGAUGGCGGUGACCACGGGCCCGACGUCGAUCUUCGACCCCGCGUUCCAGCCCUGGCUCCGCGCCUUCUUCAUCCUCUCCCUCAUCGUCAACCUCCUCGCCUCCGGCCUCAUCUCCGCGCGCAUCCUCUGGGCGAGCCGCCAGCUGCGGCGGGACAGCCCCGCCGCCGCCGCCGCCUCGCGCUGGGAGAUCGUCGAGACCGUGGUGCAGUCCGCCGCGGUGUACUCGGCCGUGAUCCUCGCCGUCUUCGCCACGUACCUCGCGCGCACGAACGGGCAGUACAUCGCGCUCGACGCCCUCCAGCCGCUCAUCGGCCUCACGUUCACGCUCAUCAUCACACGCGUCGGCCUCGGCUACACGCUCUCCGACUUCUCCGCCCGGCUGUCCGCCGCGCGCACCGGGCGCGCGCUGUCCACCGCCGGGCCGCGCAGGGGGUCCCCUCAGGCGUCGCGCGCGCUGCGCUCCAAGGGGGCGAGCGGGCCGCCCGGCGACGACGCGUACGCGUAUCGCGGGCAGGAGUUUCUGGAGGGCAGCAGCGGGAGCAGCGCGCUGUGGAAGGAGAGGGACGUGGACGUGGUGAGCGUGGGGGGCGAGAGCGCGGUUUGA